GACUAGAGUAAAGGGCAAAUGCACAGCCAUCGUUUUCAUCUGGAGGUCUUUGGCUUGCUCAGUGCGUGUUGAGUUUAAUAUUACAUGCAUUGCUUCAGUAGUUCAUUCCGUUCCCAGACACAGUACAGGAGCCGCAAUGCUGCAGAACACAGGGAAGCUGGCAGGAUAUACCAUCUUCAUUACCGGAGCGAGUCGAGGUAUUGGCAAGGCCAUUGCUCUCAAAGCUGCGCGGGACGGAGCCAAUGUGGUCAUCGCUGCCAAAACCGCUGAUCCUCACCCCAAACUGCCGGGCACCAUCUACACAGCUGCUGCAGAGAGUGAGCGCAGGACUCGGUUGCUCUUACAUGCCUUUAUAAUUUGACACUACAGAGAUUCA